GUUUUGUUAAAAAUAGAACAUAGGAAAUUACAUUGCAUACGCACACGAUAAGUCAUAGUCAAAAUAAAACGUUUUUGCUUUAAAACACAAUUAGUCAUGACUGAUACUGUCUUAGUGUCCACAUUUUUUGUUAGCCACAAUUAGACAAGAAAGAAUAUUAUUCGUGUGUGUUUUGUAUUUCGUAUAUAUUUUUUUAUAUACUUAUAUAUAUAUAUAUAAUCACAUAAUGGCUUGUGAUGGGGAAAUACUAGUCAGUUUAGUGGAAAAACGACCAUCCAUUUAUGAUUUUGGAGACAAGGACCAUAGCAAUAGAAUUGUGCAAGACAAGUUAUGGGAAGAAAUAAGCAAAGAAAUGAAUUUUGAUGGUAAUUUUAUUAUAUUAAGUUAUUAUAUUCUAGUUAAUAUAAUAUAUUUAAAUAAGUAUAUUUAAAUUUUAUAUUAUUGUAAAUAAUAGUUAAUACUAAUAUAAUAUAUAAUAUAAAAUUACUGCAUAUAAAUUAAUGAUAUAAUUAUUAAUAAAUGUGUACAACUCGAUACAAAACAACAGUAUUUUUUUUAACAAACAAAUUUAAACAGUAUUAAACAGUAUAUACAUUUUGCCACGGAACUGAUCCUAUUUCAAAGUUAGAAUAGUUCAUAAACUUUUUACGGAUAUCCAUAGCUUCUGUUGUGGGUUUGCGAUUUGUAGGUAUAUUGAUGUUUUCUUGGUUUACCCGUGAUGAGAUUGUUUCCAUUUCAUUAUGAAUGUCAGUUAAAUUAUGUUCUUUAACCAUGAUUAAAUUGUGAAGUACACAAGCAGCUUGAGUUAUGAUAGUAGCUUUCUCCGGCUUAAAUAACAUUUUAUUUUCAAAUACAUUAAAUCUUUUUGUUAGAAUACCAAAAGCAAACUCCACUAUUCUUCUAGCUCAUGAUUGAUGAUAGUUAUAAAUUUGACUUAAAUUUACCAAUUGUUUUCUUGCAAAUGGCUUCAUCAAAUUUUUUUUAGCGGAUACGGUUUAUCUGCAACAAAUGCAAAUGGAAAUUCAUCAUUAACUUCUUCAUGAAUUUUUCUCGGUGAAAAUAAAAGUAUUUUAUUAUUGUCCAAUAGUUUUCCAAAAUUUGAUUCUUUUCAAAUUUCUCCAUCACUGUUACAACCAAAAUCACCUAUAUCUAUGAAUAUAAAUUUUGCGUUGGCGUCAGCUACUGCUUGAAGAACAAUAGAGUGGUGUCCUUUAUUAUAAUUAUAAUAACUAGAUCCUGAAUUUGUUGCACAUUGAAUAGCUAUAUGUUUGCCAUCGAUGGCACUUACAGAGUUAGGAAAAUUCCGAAAUUUGUCAAAUUCUUUUUCAAUAUUCAACCAACCAUCAGUCGAAGGUAAAGGCAUAAACUGUGGUAAUAGUAUUUUCCAUGUUGCACAACAUUUAUCUGUAACAAUGUCUCCUGCAGUGGUAGCUCCUAAUCUAAGAUUAUAAUGGAUGCGUUGAAAAUGUUCACCAGAAGCCAAAAAACUAAAAAAAUAAAUGUUUCAAUUACCAAUUUUUACCUUUCUUUACACAAACCACUUUAGAUUCUUAAUGAAACGAAGUAUGUAUUAGUUUUAGAAAAAAGUUUAUAGUAGGUAUAUCAAAUAUUGAAAUGUACAUUAUAAACAUUGUGUAUGUACCUACAAAUUGUUAAUCAUAAUAUUGUAAACAUAUUCUUUAUAUGCCACUGAAUGAUUAUUAAAAAUAAAAUUAGUAAAUAUAAAUUGUUUUCCUUAAUUGAAAUGUUUGUAUUUAUUUUUAUAGUGUCGGUAUGCAAAAGUAAGUGGACUAGUCUUCGCAAUUCGUUUGCAAGAGAACUUCGCGAACUCAAAAAUAAAAAAUCUGGGUCAGCUGGGUCUAAAAAAAGAAAAUGGUACCUUUUUGACAGUAUGCGUUUUUUAGCUGAUUUUAUGAUGCAGCAUAAAAAAAUGGGUAGCAACAUUGAUAACAAUUAUUUAAAUGAAUCCGAAGAAAUCAUAGAGUCUGGAAAAGAUGAUAAAUUAGUAGUAGACAAUACAGGAGAUAGUAUAGUAGAUAAUACAGUUAUAGAGGUUGAUCUAGACAUUAUUGAACCAAUGUUUAAAAAACCAAAACUGACUUUACCUAAAAAUCUAUAUAAAACAAUAGAAAGCGAUAAGGUAGCCGAACCGAUGAUAGAAUUUUUGAAAUCAAGAACUAAAAAGCCAACACAAGUCGAAGAACCUCCAGAAUUGUUAUUCUUUAAAAGCCUUAUUCCAGACUAUAAAAAACUUAAUGAUAGAAAUCAAAGAAAAUUCAAAAAUUUAGUUAUGUUGUCUUUAAAUAGUUAUCUUGAUGAACAAGAAGACAAUAAUCAAAUAGCUUCAUAGCUGGACAAAACACAGAUCAACAAAUUAAUCAAAAUCAAAAUGUAAACAAUUACUACAGUGAUUUUGAUUCGGAUUUAUCUUCGUUUUCUCAAGGAAGUAAC